AUGAGGAGCUCCUUCGAGGUGAUCGUUAUGCUGAUCGUAACGGCAUCUACGAACCUGUGCAUGUUCCCCGCCAUUUACAGCCUCUUUAGCCGACAAUUAGUCUUCGAGGCAUUCAUCGGCACAUUUACAAUGGUCACUAGCUUCAUGUAUCACGUGUGUGACACGAUUGAGGGUCCACUCUGGCUAAGUGAAGGACAGUGGCAUCGUCUUGACAAUAUCGGGUCCAUCAUGAGUUUUGUCAUGUGGGGUAUCCACCUCAUGGAUAUUCGUCACCAGGUGCUUGAGCGAUACAUGCAGUAUUUCUUUCUUUCGAUGGUGCUCGUUUUCCAAGAAAAGGAUCCAUGGAAUGAGUGGAAUUCGGUGAUUCCCGUAGCCAGCAGCUUCGCGGUGCUCUUGUUGAGUUUUGCACUGCGGAGGCGGAUACCACGAUAUAACUUGCAGCAAUUCCGACGAGGAUUGAUGCUAUUGCUAUGUGGCAUUGGGUGCUUUGUGCGCGGACUAGAAGAUGAAACUGACCCGUUUCGCAUUUUCCACGGCUGCUGGCACGGAUUCGUCGGGGCCGCAGCAUACUAUAAUCUCAAGGUGUUACCCGACCGCGAUGACAUGCUCUUGCCCAUUAAAAGACUAGACUGA